CAAAACACAACACAACUUGACACGAGACAGUUGGAGAUAAUGAAAAGACUCUAUACCUCGCCUUAUCGAGAUCGCAAGGAACGAAACCCAGAUCGGGUAGCUGGAACUUGCGAAUGGUUUACGCAGCACCAGCUGUUUCUAGACUGGAAGAAGAGCACUUUUUCAAGACUACUUUGGGUAUCUGCUGACCCAGGAUGUGGCAAGUCAGUUCUGGUCAAAUAUCUCGUCGACCAUAUCCUUUUAAGCGAGACAUCGAGGACGGUGUGCUAUUUUUUCUUCAAGGACGAUUUUGAGGACCAGAAAAGCAUUGUCAGUGCUCUUUGCUGUAUCUUGUAUCAGCUGUUCCAGCAGAAUCCUGCUUUGCUCUCGGAGUCCAUUACGAAUCAAUUUGAAGCUGGAGGGGAGCGGUUCCUGGCUUCAUUCAGUGAACUGUGGCACAUCCUUCUUUCCACCGCCCAAGAUGUGCGUGCCGGAGAGAUAAUUUGCGUUCUAGACGCGAUUGACGAAUGCGAGGAUCAUGGACGAUCUCGACUUGCCAAAGAACUAUGCAAGUUAUAUGGUGCUGACAGCCGCUUAACCUUGAACUUGAAGUUUCUCGUUACAAGCCGGCCAUUUGGCAAAAUUCGGCAAGGUUUCCAACCUCUACAAAUCCCCAAUCUGCCUAUAAUACAUCUAAGCGGGGAGAGUGAAGAAGAAUUGAAAAAGAUCUCCGCAGAGAUUGAUACAUAUAUUAAGGCCAGGGUACAAGAUAUUGCCGAGCGAUUACAACUUGGACAAAAAGAGCGACGAACGUUAUUACAAGAGCUUUUACGGGUGCCUAAUAGGACAUAUCUUUGGGUUUACCUCAUUCUCGAUCUGGUUGAGAGUGAUAUAAACAUUGAUAGGACAGGAAUACUCCGAGCUACUACUCAUAUUCCAAGGACGGUCGAUGAAGCGUACAACAGGAUUUUAUCUAGAAGCUCUGAUUUUAAAAAGUCCGAGAAGAUUUUGCACAUUGUCAUGGCAGCUGAACGAGCCCUGACAUUGGCAGAACUAGGUUUUGCAUUGGCGAUCCAGAGCUACCACCAGUCUUACGAUGAAAUCGAUAUUCAAGCGGAAAACCGUUUGCGUGAGAAUAUAAGAGAUAGUUGUGGACUCUUUGUAACCAUUAUCAACUCCAAGGUUUAUCUUCUCCACCAAACCGCAAGAGAAUUCCUAGUUCGCAAUGCCGAGUCGCAAUCAACCAAUUCCAUUACUCAGGAUCUACAAUGGAAACACCGUUUGAUGCCGCAGGAGUCUCACAAUGUAUUGGCAAAAAUUUGCGUUUGCUACCUUAUCUUGGAGCAUCAGGAUAACAAGCCUUUGUCCGAGCUCUCUAGGUAUGAUGAGACUCGUAUUCUUUGGGACUAUUCUGCUAACUAUUGGGCCACACAUAUCCGAGCAUCUCAAAUCGAAGUUAGAAAAUCAAUGAUGCAGUCGAUAUUGAGGAUAUGCGAUACCGGUCCAAAUUGCGACGCUUGGCUCAGGACAUUUUGGGAGAAAACAUCUACACCUUUCCCUGAGCAACUCACAACCCUCAUGAUAGUAUCUUAUUUUGGACUGUAUGAGGCAGUGCAGAUGAUAAUAUCAACAAUGACUGAUAAUAUUGAACUCAGAGCUCGAGAUCUAACGUAUGGGCGCUCGGCACUCUCAUGGGCUGCGGGAAAUGGCUUUGAUGCUGUUGUCAGAUUGUUAGCCCGAGGCCACCGCAGGUGGUAUAGAAAGAUCACUGGACUGUUAUUUGGAAAUAACGUUGAAAUCAACUCUAUGGAUGAGUCAGGCCGUACACCGCUAGUGUACGCUAUUUGGAACAGAAACGUGGCUGUUGUCAAGGCACUUCUUAAGGCUGGAGCUCAAGUCAAUUUAACGGAUGAUAUUGGUGGUACACCGUUGUUCUAUGCCAUGUCCUACAGACGAGAGGCCAUCGUCAAAUUAUUACUCGAAAACGGAGCGACUCCCAUAUCCGAAAAUAAGAUGGCCACGACCCUAUUUUUCUCAGCCUUGAAAAAGGGGGAUGUGCAAGCUGUUCAAUUAUUCCUUGACUCAGGCAUCCAUAUUGAGGCAAGAGAACAUGAUAGGACACCACUUUCAGUAGCUGUGGAAAAAAGGAAUUUGAAUAUGAUCCAGCUGCUUUUCAAGCACGGUGCCAACGUUGAACCAGAGGGCAACUUCGACGCACCUCUUUCAACUGCUGUGAGAUACAAAAAUCUAGAAGCUGUGCGGCUGCUGUUGGAUCACGCAGCCAAUAUUGAGACAACUUCUAAAACAGGAGAUACACCACUUCUAAUGGCCGUGAGAAAUCGAGAUCGGGAUACUAUCAAGCUUUUGUUAGAUCGCGGAGCCAAUAUUGAGACAACUUCUGACACAGGAGAUACACCACUUCUAAUGGUCGUGAGAAAUCGAGAUCAGGAUACUAUCAAGCUUUUGUUAGAUCGCGGAGCCAAUACUGAGACAACUUCUAAAAUAGGAGAUACACCACUUCUAAUAGCUGUGAAGAAUCGAGAUCUGACUACUACCAAGCUUUUGUUAGGUCAUGGAGCCAAUGUUGAGGCAAUAUCCAAUCGAAAUCAUACACCACUUCAUUACGCUGUGUUUAAUAAAAAUAUGGCCUUUAUUCGAGCUCUUUUAUGUGGGGGGGCUAUCACUGGGGCAAAAGAUGACUACGACGCCGCACAACUGCAAAUCAUGGUCAUGAAAGGGGGACACCUAGACCUGGUUCAGAUUCUUCUAGAUCGAGGCACCAUGAUUAUUGAUUCAAGAGAUGAAAAUGGCUGCACGCCACUUUUACUAGCUGUAGAGAGGGGACACUCAGAGGUUGUUCAAUUAUUAUUGGAUCGAGGAGCUCCUAUCGAAGCGAUGGAUACAAAUGGACGGACGCAGCUGUCAUAUGCCACCGAGCGUGGGUAU